ACUCUGUAGAAUCUGUUGGGACUUUUAUGGAGUGUGAAAUUUUUGCAGUGAGUGUGAAGUUAGGAGGAGAAAAGUGAUGGCUGAUGGAACCGCAGCAGAGCGUUGAACCCUUCUGUCCAGGGACGCAGUCCAGAUAUGACCACUGUGUCCAUGGAGCCUGUGGGAGUCCUCGUGGAAAGGGGUGCCAAUGCCACCGCCCCCCCAGUGCACGGGCAUGAGGACACAGCCGCCACUUUUACCAUUGGCACCAUCCUCUCUAUCAUGUGCCUCGUCGGUGUCUCGGGGAACAUUUACACCCUGGUGGUCAUGUGCCACUCCAUGAGGACUGCAGCUUCGAUGUACAUCUACAUCAUAAACUUAGCUUUGGCAGAUUUGCUGUAUCUUCUCACCAUACCCUUUGUAGUCUGCACACACUUCCUAAAGGGAUGGUACUUUGGGGACGCAGGGUGUCGGAUUCUGAUCAGCAUGGACUUCCUGACCAUGCAUGCCAGUAUCUUCACACUGACGAUCAUGAGCACGGAGCGCUACUUCGCUGUUCUCAAGCCACUUGACACGGUGAAGCGGUCUAAAAGUUACCGGAAGGCCAUCGCUCUGCUGGUCUGGGCCGCAUCUCUUAUCCUCACCCUACCGAUGAUUGUGAGCAUUCAGCUAAUGACAGUGGGCAGCAAGGCCAUGUGUCAGCCCACCUUGUCGCCACUCUCCUACAAAGUUUACAUCUCCUUCCUGUUUUGCACUAGCAUUGUCGCCCCAGGACUGAUCAUCGGCUAUCUCUACAUUCAGCUUGCGCGCACUUAUUGGGUUUCACAGACGGAGACCUUCAAACAGACCAAGAAACUUCCCAAUCAAAAGGUGCUGUACCUGAUCUUCACCAUUGUGCUCCUCUUCUGGGCAUGCUUCCUGCCCUUCUGGAUCUGGCAGUUGCUGGGUCAGUUUCACCCCUCACUGUCCCUGUCCACCAAAGUCAAACGCAACAUCAACUACCUGACCACGUGUCUGACGUAUUCCAACAGCUGCAUCAACCCUUUUCUGUACACGCUGCUCACCAAGAACUACAAGGAGUACCUGAGGAAGCACAAGAGGUCCUGGACAGCUGGCAGCUACUUCAACAGGAGGAGUCGCUUUCAGCGCUCUCCUCGCAGGUCACCAUCGUCCAGCAGUCAGCAGUGUACUGAGAGCUUCAUGCUCACGCACACAGCCUCCCUGCGAGCGCAUAACAGCAGUUUGUAAGAGAUGACUGAGCCGUGCCGGCCGAGGCAGGGGGAGAAAGGCCAAGAAGAAGGGGGAGGUGACACAAACAGACCCUGAACACCUCAUCACAGCAACUGUGAAAGAGGAUGAAGAAGACGGAAGUUUCUUUUGUAUUUGCAGUUCAAUAUAUGUGUGGACACAACAUCCUUGGAUGAGCACCAGCGAGACCUGAAUGAGAAGCUGGCUGCUGCUGUUUGAGACUGCAUACAAAGUGGACACGCUCAGACCCGUAUUUAUUUGUCCCUCCCCGACCUUCCUGUGGCGUGGGGAGAAAGAUCAGCGUCUUACAUAACACAACAGAGACUUUUCAACUUUAAAGCUUUCUCUUAUGUUUACCCUCUGUCCCUCUCACAGUGCAUUAUGUUGCUCUCCAUGUGAAACUGUUGUUUCUUGGCGAUAUAGAGGAAUUGACAACUGGAGCACACGCUGCCGAUGCACAGGUGAGGUAAGGGAAACGCUAGCGAAGCGUCAGUGGUUUGAUGUCAGACCAGCUGAAGUGGAAAAAAAAACUGUCUGUCAUGUAAUACUUUAAAUCCAUGGCAGAUGGAAAUGCAUGGAAGAGCUUCAGCUGUGGCAAAUGAGUGCUUUUAGAGGACAUCUGGAAAGUUUGUGUUUUAAUGGUAAGGCAGAGAUCAGACUGACAACAGCACUGCAUGAAAAAACACAGCCCACUCAUUUAUUUGAAUGGGACAACCAGAUCAUGAAUAAAAAUAGUUGAAUCUUGAAGCUAGAUGCUGCAAUUACUAUACGUGCAAAGGCACAUUCCUGGUAGGUUACCAUUCAUGAAAAUGCCAUAUGCCAUCUGUUCACCCCAAUAGUCGCAACAAAAGACAAUCUCAUUGUUGCCAUGCCAACUUUCUAAAAUCGUAAAAUCCUUUCUCAUGGUAGUAUAAAUCACUGUGCAGCGUUUUGACCUUCUCACUAACUCAUUGAUCUGUUUCUCAGACUGCACUUCUCUGAGAGUCAUUUCAUCGUGUAAGAGCUGGGAGUAAGUCACACGUGUAAAUCACAAGCAAGCCUCAAGUCCUAACCCUCAAAUCUCAAGCGGGUCCCAGGUUACUGUGGUGAGAAUCAAGCUAUUCAAGCAUGAGAGCAUUUUCUGUUACAUAAAGCAACAUGCAAGCAUGCAUUUUUUUUUUUUUUUUUAACACAGUGCUGUUUUCGGUCUGAAAUAAGAAGACCAAAACCAACAAUG